CGGAGAGUAUGAAGCUUCGAGCCACACGCCGCCCUAGUUCUUCUCCCCAACAACCGCGCGAAGAACCUUCAUAUAAAGCCUCACCCUUUCCCAAAUCCUCUCAAUCAGCAGCAGCAGCAGCUUCACGCCCUCCUCCUCCUCUCCUCCCCCAGCUGCAAGAUUGUGCUGUGCACCUCAUCGGAGAAGAAGAAGGAGCCGUUUUUGGUUUAGUUUAGUAGCCAUGGCGUGGCCAGGGCACGCGGCGUGGGCUGUCCUCGCCGGCGUGCUGCUGCUCGCGGCGGGGGCGGCGGCGCAGUCGUCGUCGUGCGUGUCGGCGACGUUCCAGGGCGGGAGGGCCUUCCAGCAGUGCAACGCCCUGCCGGUGCUGGGCGCCAGCCUGCACUGGACGUACCACGCCGCGAACGGCACGGCGGACGUGGCGUUCCGCGCGCCGCAGCAGAGCGGCGGCUGGGUCGCCUGGGGGAUCAACACCCGGGGCACCACCAUGCCCGGGAGCAGCGUGUUCAUCGCCUCCCAGGACGCCAGCGGCGCCGUGUCCGUCACCACGACCGUGCUGGAGAGCGUCAGCCCCAGCCUGACCAACGGCAGCCUCAGCUUCGACGUGCUGGCCCCUCCCGCCGCCGACUACGCCGCCGGCGUGUACACCAUCUUCGCCACCAUCGCGCUGCCCAACAACUCCACCACGCAGAACACCGUGUGGCAGGCCGGCCCGGGGAACACCGGCUCCAUCGCCCCGCACUCCACCUCCGGCGCCAACGUGCAGAGCAUGCAGAGGCUCGACUUCAUGUCCGGCCAGAGCACCGGUGCCUCCAACUCCCGCCUGCACCGCCGUAACAUCCACGGCAUCCUGAACGGGGUGAGCUGGGGCAUCCUGAUCCCGCUCGGCGCCAUGAUCGCGCGCUACCUCCGCGUGUUCGAGGCCGCCGACCCGGCAUGGUUCUACCUCCACAUCACCUGCCAGCUCUCCGGCUACGUCCUCGGCGUCGCCGGCUGGGCGCUCGGCCUCAAGCUCGGCAGCGAGUCCAAGGGCGUCACCUACGGGGCCCACCGCAACAUCGGCAUCGCCAUCUUCUGCCUCGCCACCCUCCAGGUGUUCGCGCUGCUGCUGAGGCCCGACAAGAAGAACAAGUACAGGUUCUACUGGAACAUCUACCACCACUCCGUCGGCUACUCGGCCAUCGUCCUCGCCGCCGUCAACAUCUUCAAGGGGCUCGACAUCCUGAAGCCGGCCAGCGGCUGGAAGAAGAGCUACAUCGCCAUCCUCGCCACGCUCGCCGCCGUCGCGCUCCUCCUCGAGGCUAUCACCUGGGUGGUCGUCCUCCGGCGGAAGAAGAGCGCCAAGCAGCCGCACGGCGGCGCCGCCAACGGCAACGGCUGGCAACACCAGCAGGGCGCGUAGUUUCUUGAUCGCCUCGCCUCGAUCGAUCAAGAGAUUUGCCUUGCACGAUGGGUGUGUAGUUUUGCUGCGAUGUGGGUGUGUUUUCUGCUGUAUCUUUCAUUUUUGUUACUGCUUCUGUAGACUACGUAGAGGUUCAGAUAUUUUUUCCCCUUUCUUUUUUCCUUUCACGAUGGCAUUUGUAUACAUUUUUUUUUCACGUUGAUGUAUGAUUACUUUUAUUUUUAUGCACACUGUUUGAUUCAAUUGCGAUUA